AUGGACAAAAGAUGGAGUCUUCAAGGUAUGACUGCUCUUGUAACCGGUGGAGCCAGUGGAAUCGGGCAUGCAAUAGUAGAGGAGCUAGCUAGUUUUGGAGCUAGAAUCCAUGUAUGCGACAUAUCUGAAACUCUGCUCAAUCAAAGUUUAAGUGAAUGGGAAAAGAAAGGGUUUCAAGUGAGUGGUUCGAUAUGUGAUGUAUCCUCUCGUCCCGAGAGAGAAACUCUGAUGCAAACUGUCUCCUCUUUGUUCGAUGGCAAACUCAACAUUCUUGUAAAUAACGUGGGCGUACUUCGUGGAAAGCCAACAACAGAGUAUGUGGCAGAUGAUUUCUCUUUCCAUGUCUCAGCGAACUUGGAAGCUGCUUUUCAUUUUUGCCAGCUUUCACAUCCUCUCCUGAAAGCUUCAGGCCAUGGAAGCAUCGUCUUCAUGUCCUCUGUUGCAGGGGUUGUAUCAGUUGAUAUUGGAUCCAUUUACGGUUUAACGAAAGGAGCUCUUAAUCAGUUAGCAAGAAAUUUGGCAUGUGAAUGGGCAAAAGACGGCAUAAGAGCAAACGCUGUUGCACCGAAUAUUGUCAAGACUCGUCAGUCUCAAUCUUUUCUUGAGGACGUCAGUUUGAAGGAGGCAUAUUUUGGUAGAACUUCACUUGGUCGUGCUGGAGAGCCGAAUGAAGUUGCAUCGCUAGUGGUCUUCUUGUGUCUACCUGCUGCGUCUUAUAUCACUGGUCAAACCAUUUGUGUUGAUGGAGGCUUCACUGUUAAUGGAGCUUGGAAUCAACUAGCAAGAAGUUUGGCAUGUGAAUGGGCAAAAGACGGCAUAAGAGCCAACUCUGUUGCUCCUAAUAUUGUCAAGACUCCUCAGUCUCAAUCUUAUUUUGAUGACGUGGGUUUCAAGGAAGGAAUGUUCGGUGGAACUCCACUUGGUCGCGCUGGAGAACCAAAUGAAGUUGCAUCACUAGUUGUCUUCUUGUGUCUACCUUCAGCUUCAUACAUUACUGGUCAAACCAUUUGUGUUGAUGGAGGCCUUACUGUUAACGGUUUCUCCUAUCAACCACCACAGUCUUGA